AUUACCCUCGCGCCGGUUGUAGAAGAAAGUUCUUCGGUCGGCUUUAGCCUCGCCGGGAUUCUGGAUUUCUUCCAGUAAAGAUCUGCGUGUGCUUCUCCUUCUGUUCUUUGUUUAGUGGAUGAAUUUCAUGAUCGGGAAGUGUUCGAUGAUGUGUCUCAGAAGCCAAAGCGCAAAUGGUUAAUGGCAAAUCUUAUGCUAUGCGCUCUUCGUGUAUAAAUCUUGAGUUCAUCAAUCUCUCCGACCUCCUCCAAGGCCGGAUUAACAGUUCCCGCCUCCGUCAAAUUCACGGCCGCGUCUUUCGUCUGCUGAAGCAUCAGGACAAUCUAAUCGCAACUCGACUUAUCGGCCACUACCCAUAUUCUGUUGGAAUCAGAGUCUUCAAUCAACUCCUACGGCCGAACAUAUUUCCUUGCAACGCGAUUAUCAGAGUACUUGCUGAAUCGAAUUGUUCGUUUCUUGCCUUUUCCAUCUUCAAAUCUUUGAAGCGGCUUUCACUUUCCCCUAAUGAUUUCACUUUUUCUUUCCUUCUCAAGGCGUUUCACCGUUCCAGCCAUUCUCCUAAUGUGAAACAAGUUCAUACUCAUGUCAUGAAAAUGGGUUAUUUGGGUGAUUCUUUUAUCUCCAAUGCUCUUCUUGGAGUCUACGCGAGAGGUUUGAAGGAUAUGGGUUCUGCACAUAACAUGUUCGACGAAAUGUCUGAGAGAGAAAUGGCUUGUUGUUGGACUUCUUUGAUUGCUGGCUAUGCUCAUAUGGGUCUUGCUGAAAAGGCUCUGCUGCUUUUUGUGAUGAUGAUCAAAGAGAAUAUCCAGCCCGAGGAUGACACCAUGGUUAGUGUUCUAUCUGCUUGUUCUAAGCUUCAAAUUGCUGAAAUUGAAAAAUGGGUUGCAGAAUUAACACAAUUGGUUAAUGAAUUUGAUUCCUGUUGUGAUUCAAUCAAUAUUGUUCUUGUUUAUCUAUAUGGGAAGUGGGGGAAGAUUGAAAAGAGUGAAGAAAAGUUCAAUGAAAUUGUUGAUAAGAGAAGUGCUAUUGUCUGGAAUUCAAUGAUAAAUGCAUAUUUUCAAAACGGUUGCCCUGUGGAGGCCUUGACCCUUUUCCGUCUAAUGCUUGAGAAUCCCCAUUGCAAACCCAACCAUGUCACAAUGGUUACCGUCCUUUCGGCUUGCGCUCAAAUUGGAGAUUUGCAGCUCGGUCGUCGGGUUCAUGAAGCUCUCGAACACGGCGGGCGCAGAGGUAUCAUUGCAUCAAACAAAAUGUUGGCCACUGCAUUGAUUGAUAUGUAUUGUAAAAGUGGGAGUUUGGAGAAGGCAAAACAAGUUUUUCAUGAACUAAUCUGCAAAGAUGUAAUCUCCUUCAAUGCCAUGAUCAUGGGCCUUGCAGUAAACGGCAAAGCCGAUGAGGCAUUGAAGCUUUUCUCCCAAAUGCAAGAGUCUGAUAUAAAACCAACCACUGGAACAUUCAUUGGCUUACUAUCUGCUUGUAGCCAUUCGGGGUUUCUCGAACAAGGACGUCAAAUUUUCAUUCAAAUGGCUACCCGCUACUCAACGUCGCCUAGUCUAGACCACUAUGCUUGUUACAUUGAUCUCCUUGCUCGAGCGGGCUGCGUCGAGGACGCUCUUGAAGUUGUUUCAACCAUGCCUUUUGAACCUAAUAACUUUGUUUGGAGUUCUCUGCUGAGAGGCUGCCUGCUUCAUUCGAGAUUCGAGUUGGCACGAUAUGUUUCGAAAAAGCUUGUUGAAGUAGAUCCCGAAAGCUCUGCUGGGUAUGUAAUGCAGGCGAAUUCAUUUGCCACUGAUCUUCAAUGGGAUGAUGUCUCGGCUUUGAGAUGGUUUAUGAGAGAAAAGGGUGUUCAUAAGCAGCCAGGGCGGAGUUGGAUCAGUAUAGAUGGGACUGUGCAUGAAUUCUUCUCGGCAACCAAAUCACAUCCUUGUGUGGAUCUGUUAUACAGUACGUUGAGUGAGCUUGAAAGGCAAAUGAAGCUGGUAAUCCCAUAGAAGAAACCUCACAAGGUAUUGAAUGCGUUUAUUUAGCAAUCAUUUUACCCCUACUUAUAUUUGUAGAGAUUGGUUCUCCACGAAAUUUUUUUCCCAUAUGUAUAUGGGAAUUUUGUGGGCUCUAAGAGCGGACAUGGGAUGAGGAAUAUAAUCUUUGUUCCUAUCCCCGUUUAACUAAUAGGGAGAAAAUAUCUUCACUCCUUCCAUCAUUCUCCAUUUAAACGGGGAUUCAUCAUCCUAUAAUUAUUGAUAAGCAUUGAUCAGGUCUAACGGGAUAGUAUCUCAUAUCUGAUACUCUCUCCACAAAUCUCGAGCUUCAAAAAUUUAUUUUCUAGUCCUCAAUGUCAUCUUCAAAACUCCUAGAUUUGUGACAAUGUCAUCUUCAAAACUCCUAGAUUUGUGAUUUUCAUUUUGAUCCAAAUUUCUCAAACUAAAUAACACGAGAACAGAACUCUGUGCAUGCAUCUAUAGUAUGAGAACAGAACUCUGUGCAUGCAUCUAUAAUAUUGCUGGACAAAUCGGACAUAACAUAGACAUUUUGUGUCACAUGUCACAAAAUAUGUAUAAUAGUACCAAAUAAAAGGGAAAUGAGUA